CCUUUUUACAUGUACCCUUUGGUCUCAUCCAUUGCCACCUCUCUUUCCUACAAAACUUCCCAAAAGAUUUCAUCUUAUAUAUAUAUGAGCCACAUUCUUUGCACAAACACAAAAUAUCUUAUAACUUAAAUCAUCAAUCAAUUAUUAGCUCCGAUCGAGAUCCUCGAUCUUCUAAUAUAUUAUAUAUUAUGGCGUGCGAAAACGGGGUUAUGUUUGAGGAUUUCUUUCCGGCCAUGGUGGACAAGUUGGGAGCUGAAGGUUUCAUGAAGGAGCUCUGUAAUGGGUUUCGGUUGUUAAUGGACUCGAGGAAGGGAGUCAUCACUUUUGAGAGCCUGAAAAGAAGCUCAGCUUUUCUGGGUUUGCAGGGAUUGAGCGAUGAAGAGCUAAUGUGCAUGCUUAAAGAAGGUGAUUUAGAUGGAGAUGGGACUUUGAAUGAGAUGGAGUUUUGUACUCUAAUGUUUAGGUUGAGUCCUGCUUUGAUGCAAACCUCAGAUGAAUUGUUGGAAGAGGCUCUGAUUAGUGGUAUUUAGUACUAUAUAUAGCUUAGUAUAGUACUGUGGUAUAUCUACAUGAUUUUUUUUUUAUUAUUAUUAUUAACUUAAUUAUUAUUGAUUAGAGAUUAGAGUCUCGUGUUGUUGUUGAGAGCGUAUUUUAUUUUUCCAUGAGUUCUCCUGAUCAUUCUGAUUUGUAUUCUGAUUAUUUCUUAGAAGGAUUAUUAUAUAUUGCGUGUUUGAUUUCUUAAUUU